AUAUUUGAACCUUUCUCAGCCCCUCAUUUUCUUGAUACCAUGGGUUUCCCGGGUAUAUCUCUUCUCUCUACACUCAACUUUCUGUGUCCUUUUUUCCAGGGAAAUUCUCUCUCUCCUACCCACCGACGGUUUUCACCUCCGUUUCUCUCUCCUCUAAUCACUUCCCCAGGUCCCCUAUAGAUUCUCCAAAUCUCAUUAAACAAUUCUUGAAAUACAAAAAAAUCCCAUUUGCUCAACUAAGCUUUUUCAUCACCAUUACCCCCACACCUUUCCAAUUUCCAAUUAUUUGUUAGUUGAGGCCCGAGGGCAGGUAUACUUGUCUGUGGCGGCAUCUUUUUAAAAAAUCUCCCAUGGGCUUCAAUGACAUAUGCAUUCCCAUAGUAGGAUGGGGAAGAGUUUGGAAAUGUAAUGAAACAGUGAGAUUAGAUUCUCAAGAAAGGCGAAAUGCCGGUUGAGGUGGCGGCUGCUGAGGGCGGCGGGAGGAGGGGGAGGAGCGUGUUGGUCGGAAUCGGGAUCGACGGUCAGAGCAGAGAGUUACUCGACUGGGCCCUUGUCAAAGUAGCAGAUCCAGGAGACCAUGUAGUUGCAAUUCAUGUCUCAAGAGAUUUAGAUUCAAAAAAGAAGCCUUUACUGGAUGGGUAUUUAGAAGUUUACGAAGGCCUAUGCACUGUAAAAAAGGUAGAUUUAACAGGUCACGUAUCGAAAGGAAGCUCAAUCCGAAAGGUUCUGGUGAGAGAGGCGAAAAACCGCGGCGCCGCGGCUGUGGUUGUGGGUGUGUACAGAGAAAACCCUCUCAGGACUUGGACUUCUGUUGCCAAGUACUGCGCAAAGCGCCUCCCUCCAACCACUGAUGUCUUGGCUAUCCACAAUGGCAAAAUUGUCUUCAGAAGAUCUUCCAAUAACCAACCACCAGGUCAUGAAGGAGAUCCCAGGCCGAGUUUUGUCCUCAGUCGGAAUCCAGCACUGACAGAUACCCGGACUGAAUUCGGUGAUUCCGAGACAUCAGAGAUUGCCAGACACAGCCUUGAAAAUUUCAGCGCUCUUCGAAAAGACAAAGCACUUUCUACGAGUUCGUUUUCGUUUGCAUCGGAGGAUUUCGGGGAGCAGAGGCCUGGUUGGCCACUGCUCAGCACAGUGAGUCCUCUAGCAGAGGAAGCGAGCAAAAUGUCGGUUGUGAAGUGGGUAAUGCGAUUACCUAACCGGUCUCCACCACAGAGUCCUCUAUCCAAGGAAGGUGGUUUUAGUCCAAUGACUCCAAUCGAAACCGGAAGUCCUUUCUCACCACAGAGUAACUGCACUACAGAUACAAGUGAGCUACUAGAGAAUUUGGAGAAGCUCUUCCUAAAAAACUCAUCCGGCUGCAAAUGGUUUAGCUACGAUGUCAUGAAAACUUCUACUUCGGAAUUCUCCUCAGAUAAGCUGAUCGGUAAAGGAGGGUGUAACUGCGUGUAUAAGGGGAUUCUUCCGGAUGGGAAGCCGGUGGCAGUCAAGGUUUUGAAGUCAUCCAAAGAGUCAUCGAAGGACUUUACUCGGGAAGUCGAUGUUAUGACCUCAUUGAGUCAUAAAAACAUCACACCUUUGAUUGGGUUAUGUGUUGAAGAUAAUGCCCUGAUCUCUGUUUAUGAUUUGUUGCCCAAAGGAAAUCUAGAGGAGAACCUACACGGUAAUAGCAAAGAAAAAUCAGUAUUGUCAUGGGAAGUGAGAUGCAAAGUAGCUGUUGGGAUUGCCGAAGCCCUGAAUUACCUUCACAAUGAAUGCUCUCCCCCAGUGAUUCACAGAGAUGUCAAGUCCUCAAAUAUCCUUCUUUCCGAUGAGUUCGAACCACAGCUAUCUGAUUUCGGGUUAGCAAUAUGGGGGCCGUCAGAUUCAUCAUUCCUUACAGACAAUGAUGUAGUAGGGACUUUUGGGUAUCUUGCUCCCGAGUAUUUUAUGUAUGGGAAAGUCAGUGACAAGAUCGAUGUCUACUCUUUUGGUGUGGUUCUCCUUGAAUUGUUAUCAGGGAGGAAACCGAUCAGUUCGGAGUCUACCAAAGGCCAAGAAAGCUUGGUCAUGUGGGCAAAACCAAAGCUUGAGAGUGGAGAUCUAAGAAGCAUUCUGGAUCCUAAUCUUGAUGGCAAUAUUGAUGAGGUUGAAAUUCAGAGAAUGGCUCUUGCAGUUAGGUUCUGCCUCAUAAGAUCAGCUCGGCUUCGUCCUAAAAUGAGACAGAUACUAAACAUCUUAAAAGGGGACAAAGAUGUAGAGGAAUUUGUAAAAUCCCAGUUUGGAGAUCGAAGAGGUACAGAAAACGAGGAAACUACUGACGAUGAAGUUUAUCCCCAUUCAAGCGCAGAGUCUCAUUUGACCCUUGCGUUGCUUGACAUGGAAGACACCUCCCCAUCGUUCAGCAGUGGGGAGCAAAGCAGCGGAACUUCCUCAGAAGAAUACUUGAAAGAAAGAUGGAGCCGAUCCUCAAGCUUAGAUUAGCUUCUUUUCGCGGUCAACAAAAUGUAUUUGGCUAGUUUUUCAAGACAUUUCUGCUGCUAGCUAGAAUUUUUUUUUUUAAUUACCAAAAACAAAAAAAGGUAUGUGUCGUCGUCACUGUACAGUAUGAGGGAGAGUUUGCACCCAGUUAUGAGGUGAUUUGUAGAAGUAUAGACAUUGUGUUCAUUUAUGAAAGGAACGAGUCCCUACGAAUGAGGGAUGUUUAAGUUGCA